AUGGCGACCGAUAAACUAUGGUAUCCUAGACUAGGGCACCCUAGAUUAUGGCACUUUAGAUUAUGGUACCCUAGAUUAUGGUACCCUAGAUUAUGGUACCCUAGAUUAUGUAUCCUAGACUAUGGCACCCUAGAUUAUGGUACCCUAGAUUAUGGUAUCCUAGAUUAUGGUAUCCUAGACUAUGGUAUCCUAGGCUAUGGUAUCCUAGAUUAUCGUACGCUAAAUUAUGGUACCCUAAACUAUGAUAUCCUAGCCUAUGGUAUCCUAGGCUAUGACUAUAGUAUCCUAGACUAUGCCACCCUAGAUUAUGGUACCCUAGAUUAUGGUAUCCUAGACUAUGGUAUCCUAGGCUAUGGUAUCCUAGGCUAUGGUAUCCUAGAUUAUCGUACGCUAAAUUAUGGUACCCUAAACUAUGAUAUCCUAGUCCAUGGUAUCCUAGGCUAUGGUAUCCUUGGCUAUGGUAUCCUAGAACUAUGGUAUCCUAGACUAUGCUCUGAAGAAGUCGUUGCGUUGCAAAUGAGAGCUGAGAUCAAGUUCAAUCCCUUUGGAUGCAUCUGUGAUUCUUGGGGUAACUUGAUGUUGCGAGAUGAGGAGACUCAGGGAGUUGGAUUCCCGGUAGACUGA